AAUGUGAUUCCUCGGUACUGUAAUGUUUUAAAAUGGCUGCCUAUUUUGGAAACCAAAGUUAUUUUCUAAUUAAUUAACCUUUCGCUAAUUAAGCCAGUAAAGAUUUGCAAAUAUAACUAAAAGAUAUGGUCAAGCAAACUAUACAGAUAUUUGGAAGAGUAAAGCCAACUCGAUCCAAAGCAGGGCUUUAUGAAAUUGAUGAAGAUGAUGAAAGCCAUCCUAGACUGACAAUUACUGUACCUAGAGAACUUGCUGAUGGUUUUGUAAAUAAUAAAAAGGAAAAUUAUAAAUUUAGAUUUCAGAAGGUUUUUGAUCAAUCCACCCAACAAGAUGAAAUAUUUGAUAAUGUUGCAAAGCCAGUGGCAGACAGUGUUUUGCAGGGAUACAAUGGAACCAUUUUUGCAUAUGGACAGACAGGCAGUGGAAAAACCUUCACAAUUACUGGUGGGGCAGAGCGUUAUAAUGAUAGAGGAAUAAUUCCUAGAUGCUUAUCAUAUUUGUUUGAACAGUUUGAACAGGAUGGAGGUCGGUCCUAUACUUUACAUAUAUCCUACUUAGAAAUCUAUAAUGAGAGUGGUUAUGAUUUAUUAGACCCUAAACAUGAUGCCGCAAAGCUAGAAGACCUUCCGAAAGUGAGUUUAAUGGAGGACACAGACCAGAAUAUCCAUUUAAAGAAUUUGUCUGUACAUCCUGCCAAUAGUGAAGAGGAAGCAUUGAAUUUACUCUUCCUUGGAGACACCAACAGAAUGAUUGCAGAGACACCUAUGAAUCAAGCCUCUACAAGAUCACAUUGUAUAUUCACCGUCCAUCUGACUUCUACAGAGACUGGAUCAGCUACCAUCAGAAGAUCGAAACUCCAUCUGGUGGAUUUGGCAGGAUCAGAGAGGGUAUCAAAGACUGGUGUUAAUGGAGUACUACUCAAAGAAGCUAAAUAUAUCAACUUAUCAUUACACUUCUUAGAACAGGUGAUAAUAGCAUUAGCAGAUAAGAGUCGUCAACACAUCCCCUACAGGAAUUCUAUGAUGACAUCAGUAAUACGGGACAGUCUGGGUGGUAACUGUAUGACAACCAUGAUAGCCACUUGUUCUGUGGAAAAGAAAAAUGUUGAUGAGACAAUUUCAACUUGUCGUUUUGCACAAAGAGUUGCAAUGAUUAAGAAUGACGUCAUGGUCAAUGAAGAACUUGAUCCAAAAUUACUGAUAGCAAGAUUAAAAAAGGAGGUUCAACAGUUAAAAGAGGAAUUGGCCAUGGCUACUGGUGAACAAAGAACAGAUAGUCUCACUGAAGAAGAAUUAAGCAGAUGUAAAUAUGCAGUAGACAACUAUUUAGCUGACAAUGAUAAAGAAUCAACGUUAGAUAUUGGUGCUGAUAUGAGGAAGAUCCAGUAUUGUUAUUCUCUCCUCAAACAAAUGGUACAAGAAAAACCAAAGGUAGUGGAAGUGGAGGCUCAGCAGAGAUCCCCGUCCUACACUGAUGUUGAUACUGGUCCUUAUAGAGAUUCUGAAAAUGGCAGAUUAAAAGAACUUAUUCUACAGAGAGAUAAUGAAAUCAAUAUCUUAGUGGGAAUGUUAAAGAAAGAAAAGAAAAGAUCUGCUGAUGCAAUGGCAGAAGUAGAAAGUUUUGGUCAUAUGAAAUCCUUUGAAGACAACAGUCGUCCAUCCAGUGGUAGAAGAAGUCGUGGAAGUAGAAUGAACACAGCAGAAAGUCUCAGUGCUAAUAAACGUAACAGUAGUAGUACCAGUUUGGAUGAACAAACAAAAACAAAAAUCUUGGGAGACAUGUCAACAGGUAGACAGGAAGCUUUUGAGACAUUUAAAAGAGACUAUCCAAAUAAUUCUGCCAUUGAAGACAAUAAAGACGCACUAAAACAGAAAUAUGUGGAAGCUAAAAAAUUGGGAGAAUAUGUCAACAAAUCUCGAACAAAAAUAAAUCAUGUGAAGUCCCAGAUAGAACAGUACAGAAUGCAAUUAGCAAUGAGAGGCCUUGUUGAUCCAGAAGAUGCUGAACCAGACGAAGAAGAACAAGAAAUGAGAAACGAGAUGGAGGAGGAAAAAAUGAAUUACAAAGGAUGUUUUACAAGACUUAGAACAUUAAAGACAGAAAUAGAACAUUUACAACAUUUGUUAGAGAAGUCAAAAGUGAAAUUAAUGAAAGAUUUUGAGAUGUGGUGGGCAGAUCAAGUUAAUUUACAACAAAAUAAUAACAGCAGUAGACAACAAAAGGAGCAGAAAUCAGCCUGGAGAACACCUACACCAAACAAGUCAAUUCAAAAUGGUGUCCAUUCAUCACAACAGUAUGCACCAGACGGCAGGAAACAGUCAGUUCAAAAUGGAAUCCAGUCAUCACAGCAAUUCAGUAUGGAUGGCAGAAAACAGUUUGAUCCAUCUCAGAGAAGCCCUUACGAGUCCAAUAGUAGAAAGCAGUAUGAUACAGUAGAAACUGAUAACAGAAAACAAUAUGAUACUGGACAGAGAAGACCACCAGGACUUCCAAAACCAAGGUCAGAUUCAGGAAAUUUACCAAUGACGGGAGAUGCUAAGGCUGAUGCGGAUAUCAUGGCCUUUAUCAAAGCAAGACAAAAUCUUUUACGUCAAGCACAAGACAAAAGCUGACAUAAGAAACCAUAAGUGACAUAGCUGUCCAGCAAACAUGAUACUGGUGCUCCCUAACUAAUCUCUAUCUUGCCAGCAAGGAGAACUCAUUCAUUUCACAGUAGUACUGUGUGACAUUCAUCAGUGUAGAAGAUACCAGGAUUGUUGCAAUUUGAGUGGAGUAAAAUAAUGUACCAUCAAUUGAAUGAGAGAAAUAUAUGAACAAUGUAGCAUAUAGAAUGCAAGAGAGAAACAAAGGCUUUGACUUAUUAAAUAACUUACUAAAGUCAGAUACAUGAAAAAUAAUGCUUUGGAAAAUAUAUUUUCUCAAUGUUAAUUUAUACCAAUAUCUGUCUUGUUCCUCUGUGUGAACAAAUUUACGAUUUAUUUUUGAAUAUGGUCACACAAAAUUUAUCUGACAAGUUUCUCCAAACUGCUGUUAAAAUUCCAUUUAGUAUUCUGUGAUUUAAAAUUAAAUGCUAAAAAAAUUAUCAAAAAGUUAUCACAAUUGAUUUUAUUGAUUAUGUGAAAUAGCCAGAUUCAAGGUUUCAUUUAAAUGCAGCUUAUAAACAAAGUUAUUGGCAAUUAAUGACAAAUUGACUUCUGUUUUGUAGUUAUCGAAUUUGAGUUUUUAAAUACACAGAACAUGUUAUCUGCAGCUUGUAAACAUUCCUUAUUUGUUGUUGUUUUGUUUUAUAUUUGCUUUACAUUUACAACAAGCAUAUUGCAUUGAUCAUAAAUAUUAUAAAGGUUGGCAUUAAUUAUUUUUAAACAUCAGG